AUGCCAUGUAUAGAAUUUUUAACUAAAUAAAUAUAAUAUCCUUCUAAACCUAUUUAAGUAUUCUUUCUUUUCCUUUUUCAUAAUACUAAUAUUUUUAAGAAUUGCUAAAGAAGAUGGGAAGAGGACAGACAAAUAAUACUGAAUGAAUUGAAUUAAAGUUAUGAAGACCAUUUUAUAUUAAAAAAAGAAAUCCAUGAAUUGAAAAGAGAAAAUAAUACACUAAAUAAAUAAUGUGAAAAUAUACAAUUAAUCAUUGUUCAUGAAAAAUUGGGAAAAUAAUAAUAACUUUAUCAUUUCUAUAAAUUCUAAGAAUAGACUAAUAAUAUUCAUGAUCACACUCAUGAAACCAUCUCAUCAUUAACUGAAGAAAAGGUAACUUAAGUAAAUAUUUGAGUUCGAAAGCAAUGAAACAUCUUUGGAUUCUUAAUUAUCAAAUGAUAAUAAUAAUCAUAAUUAUUUGAUUGAAUUAUUGAAGACUACAAAACACAGAUACUAAUUUUCUAAAAAACUUUAUUGA